AAAACAAGCCGUGCUGCGGACAGUCAUCGCACAUUUUUUAUAUUCUUUCGGGGCUGCUAACCUUCAAUAUUGCUCUACUUUGGCCUCAUUUAACGCAACUAAUGCAUUUUGUUGCGUUAUUUUUUUACAUUUAUUUUUUUUAAACGGAGCAUGACGCAGGGGUGUUAAGUUUACGUUGGCUACUGUUGACAUAAGCAGCCAAAUCCGAGUCACAAGACUUCUCCACAGAGCUGGACGGCUGCUUUCUCUCCUCACAGGAUUUGACAGGAUGGAGACCGCAGCAGGGUACCGCACCGGAAGCUUCGAGGCCCUCCAUCACUCCAGUGACGACGACGAUGACGACAUGGUGGACAUCGCAGGGGGGACGCUGGACUUCUCCAACACGGAUGACGUCCCCCCUCUCAGCUCAGGAGUUUACGAGGAGUACAACAGCACACCAGCAGGUAUGAACGGUACGGGUCCCUCUAAACUGGUGGACCCACUGGAGGACCUGCUGCCUGGACUGGGCACCUACGAGGACUUCAACACCAUCGACUGGGUCCGAGAGAAGAGCAAGGACAGAGACAGACACAGAGAGAUCACAAAUAAGAGCAGACAGUCGACGGUGGCUCUGCUGCACAGCGUCAGUGAUGCCUUCUCCGGGUGGCUGCUCAUGCUGCUGGUGGGACUCAUGUCAGGCGCUCUGGCCGGUGGCAUCGACAUCGCCGCCCACUGGCUGACGGACAUGAAGGACGGCGUGUGCCUCAUCGGCUUCUGGUUCAACCACGAGCACUGCUGCUGGACGUCCAACGAGACCACGUUCCAGGAGAGGGACCGCUGUCCACAGUGGCAGAGCUGGGGCGAGCUCAUAACGGGGACAUCAGACGGUGCGUUUGCCUACAUCAUGAACUACCUGAUGUACAUCUUCUGGGCUCUGCUCUUCUCCUUCCUGGCCGUCACGCUGGUCAGGGCCUUCGCUCCUUACGCAUGCGGCUCAGGAAUACCAGAGAUUAAAACCAUCCUGAGCGGCUUCAUCAUCCGCGGCUACCUGGGGAAGUGGACGCUCAUCAUUAAGACCAUCACGCUGGUGCUGGCCGUCUCCUCGGGGCUCAGCUUGGGGAAGGAGGGCCCCCUGGUGCACGUGGCCUGCUGCUGCGCCAACAUCCUGUGUCACCUGUUCACCAAGUACCGCAAGAACGAGGCCAAGCGGAGAGAGGUGUUGUCAGCGGCAGCAGCAGUGGGCGUGUCCGUGGCCUUCGGCGCUCCAAUAGGAGGAGUCCUGUUCAGUCUGGAGGAGGUGAGUUAUUACUUCCCUCUGAAGACACUGUGGCGUUCCUUCUUCGCCGCUCUGGUCGCCGCCUUCACCCUGCGCUCCAUCAACCCGUUCGGGAACAGCCGCCUGGUGCUGUUCUACGUGGAGUUCCACGCGCCCUGGCACCUGGUGGAGCUGGCACCCUUCAUCCUGCUGGGCAUCUUCGGAGGCCUGUGGGGGGCGCUGUUCAUCCGAGCCAACAUCGCGUGGUGCAGGAGACGUAAAACCACUCGCCUGGGUCACUACCCGGUCAUCGAGGUGCUCGUGGUCGCGGCUCUGACCGCCGUGGUCGCCUACCCCAACAGCUACACCCGGAUGAGCGGAUCCGAGCUCAUCUCGGAGCUCUUCAACGACUGCUCGCUGCUCGACUCGUCUCAGCUCUGCGGCUACAAGCAGCCGACAAACACAUCAGAAACAGGUGUGGGAAACAGCCUGGCCGACCGGCCGGCAGGAGAGGGGCUGUACACGGCUCUGUGGCAGCUCGCUCUGGCGUUAGUCUUCAAGAUGAUGAUCACCGUGAUCACCUUCGGCAUGAAGGUUCCCUCGGGUCUCUUCAUCCCCAGCAUGGCUGUCGGAGCGAUCGCUGGCAGGCUGCUCGGCGUCGGCAUGGAGCAGCUGGCCUACUACAACCACGACUCGUUCAUCUUCAAAGGGUGGUGCUCACCGGGACAAGACUGCAUCACUCCCGGGCUCUACGCCAUGGUGGGGGCCGCGGCGUGUUUAGGUGGAGUGACCCGGAUGACCGUGUCUCUGGUCGUCAUCAUGUUCGAGCUAACCGGCGGUCUCGAGUACAUCGUCCCCCUCAUGGCUGCGACCAUGACCAGCAAAUGGGUGGCGGACGCGUUCGGCAGAGAGGGGAUCUACGAGGCUCACAUCCGGCUCAACGGGUACCCGUUCCUGGAGGCCAAAGAGGAGUUCGAUCACAGCAGCCAGGCGGCAGACGUGAUGAGGCCCAGGAGGUCGGACCCGGCGCUGGCCGUGCUCACGCAGGAGGGGAUGACUGUGGGGGAGGUGGAGGCGUUGGUGGAAAGCACUCGUUACAGCGGCUUCCCUGUCGUCGUCUCUAAAGAGUCCCAGAGGCUCGUGGGAUUUGUUCUUAGAAGAGACCUGCUCAUAUCAAUAGACAACGCACGAAAGCGUCAGGAGGGCAUCGUCAGCCCGUCUCAGCUUCUCUUCACUGAGCACGCUCCGGUGCAGCCCGCCGACGGCCCGCCACCGCUCCGGCUCCGGAGCAUUGUGGACCUCAGCCCCUUCACCGUCACCGACCACACGCCCAUGGACAUCACGGUGGACAUCUUCAGGAAGCUGGGGCUGAGACAGUGUCUGGUCACACAUAACGGGAGGCUGCUGGGAAUCAUCACUAAGAAAGACAUCUUGAAACACAUGGCGCAGAUCGCCAACAGAGACCCUGACUCCAUCCUCUUCAACUGAACUCCUUCCUCCUCCGCCACCGUCUCACCCCUGUAGACUAGGGGGAACAGAAGCCACCAGCUAGAGAGAAAUGCACCUUUACCUCGUCAGCUUUAAGAAGGCAGGUCAGAGAAAGCCAAGUAAGUCCUGCACCAUUUGCACAGGCGUGAGAGAACAAUGGAUCUUUCUUUUUCUUAAUUUUUUU